AUGAGUGAUAGUAGUGACGAAGAGUAUGGACCUAUUACAGCUUCAUGGGGCACUCAAGUUCCUGUAGAGGAGCCUGCCAAAUCAGAAGGCUGGGAUUCACUGAUUGAUCCUAAUGUCAAAGUGGGCCCAAAUGAUGUUGGCAGUGGCAAUCUACAUCGCCGUGGUACCAACUACAAACCUAUCAAUGAAGAAAUCAUUUUAGCACGCAGAAAGAACAUUCAAGUGCCCAAGGAGAAGAUGCUGGAAGCUAUUCGAGAAACUGAAUUAUCGCUGGGUCUUCCAGAAAGCAAAGAAAAGCCGCGUAAAGGGAAGCCCAAGAAGAAACCUACAGGGAAGCCCAAGAAGAAACCUACAGGGAAGCCAGCUCCAGCAAAGUGUUCUAAUACAAGACCAUACACACCUACCACAAAUUACGUAUCAGCACCCCCGCCUCCAUCAACAACCAGACCACCACCGCCUCCUUCAACAAAUGGGUCGAGCUGGUCAAAUACAAAUUUAGUGGAUACACCCUUUUGGGAGAAAAAAAGCAAUACUCCACCCACGAUUCAAGCUUACAACAAGUUGAACAGCAAACCAGCAGUAGAUAACACUGACUGGGCUGCAGCAGUGAAGGAUGUAGUUCCAAACCCUGAUGGUUUGAACGACAGUAGCCCUGCAGGAUGGGUGAUAGCUGAUAAGUCCAACAAAGCCUCCAACGCCGAAAAGACCAAGCCAGCAGCUAAAGUAACAUGGACUUCCAACAAAGAUGAGGAUAUAUCAGCCAAUAAUAACCGGGGAACUGUCAAAGCGCAGGAUCGUCCAGAGAACAAAUGGGGCCAUGCUAAAGCUGGAGAUCCGGGCAAAGAUGAAAGACAACCUAGCUGGGGAUCAUCUCAGACUCAAGCAUUGACAACGAGCAAUCAAGGGGCAGAUAGUGCCAAAUCGAUUGGAAAUGACUGGCAAGCUGCAGCAAACAAUUGGAUUACGCCAACGCCUACAGAAGCUCCUACGAUCACUUCAAAUAACAAUGACUGGAUAUCAGCCAGCAAAGAAAGCAAUUGGGAAACAACUACCAACAAUAAGUGGACGGCAUCAUCCACUACUACUACUACUACUACUAAAGCACCAACAAAUCCAACUGACGCUUGGGGGGCGUACUUUAAUCGACAGCAAAACGGAGACUGGACAUCUCCUAAUGCGAAUAAAGCUUCGAAUUGGGGAUCCAAUCGCACUGCAACUACUACUACAACUAACACUUACCCUAAUGAUCACCAUAUACCUUCAGACAAACCAUCAUGGCUUAAUUCUAUACCCGAUAGGCUUUCUGAAUCACAAUCCUCACGAUUUUCAAAUCCUCGCAAGCAACGGUACUCUGAAGUGCCAAUUGAUAUACCCGAACCCGUCAAUUAUCGACGAGAUGGCAGAAUUACGCCACUCAAGACAGCGCUGCCACCACCUCCUGAAAAUAGUUUAUUAAUCACUAUCAAGGUCGAGUUAUCAGAGAGUAUUAAGGUCAUGGUGGACAUCAGAGAGCUGGAUGAUCCAUACAAACUAGCGGUUGAUUUUGGAGCUAAAAACAAUGUCAAUUCACCAAAAGUAAUUGAAGCCUUGACAAAAUUGUUCGCGGCACAAAAGGAGUUGGGCUUGAAGAAGAAGAAUCAGCGUCUGCGAAGAAGAGUGCAGCCCAAGAAUUAUGAUAAUGUAUAUAGCAACUAA